AUGACCGACAUUACCUCAGACAUCAACCAAGUCCUCAAGGACAAAAAUGCAAGCACCACAAUCCCUAAGGGGGAGCCUCGCCCUCCGUCCACCGCAACAGCCGACGAGUUCCUCAAAGAAGCAUACCGAAUAAACUCGCACAUCCACUCUCUCCUCCUCUACCUCCAAUCCAUACGCCACUCCUACCUCUCCACAACCCCAACCGUCCAUCCCCGCACCACCUCCCUCCGCACCAGCCCAACCACCUCCACCCCGGCCAGCAUCAGCACCAGCACCAGCACCCCCCAGAGCAAACCCCUCACCGACAGCGAACGCGACUCCAUCGACUCCUCCACCGCCCUCCUCCUCCGCGACCUCUCCACCUCAAUCGCCAACCUCUCCACCGCCGAAUCCCUCCGCCAGGAAACCGAAUCCGGCCUCCUCCGCAAGAAACACCGCGCCCCGUCUGCCCUCCUCCGCUGGGCCGCCGGCGCCUCCGCCCUCGCAAACACCCCCACCGAGAACAAAUCCCCCGAGCAGAUCCAUGAUGAAGAGCGCGCCCGCACCCUCCGCACCGUCCGCGAGAGCAUCCUCUGGUUCCUGCGGCGGGGGCUCGAGCGCGCGGCCGAGGCCCAGCGCGAUAUGGUCGAGAAGCGUAUCGAACGCGUCCGCGAGAAGGAGAAGAGCGUGUUGUAUAAAAGCGAGGCGGGCGGGGCUAGGCCUGUCCCUGCCUCUGUUCCUGUAUCUGUGUCUGGUCCCGGCCCGGCUACCGCGGACCCGCACUUGCGCGGGUCGACGCUGAGCGAGACCGAGACGGCGGCCAUCGAGGCGGAGCUGUCCCCCGAGCAAUUGCAGUUGUUUGCGGAGGAGAAUGACCUCAUGCUGAGGCAGUAUGAGGAUGCGUUGAGUAAAGUGCAGAAUGCCGAGAAAUCGCUCCUGGAGAUCUCCUCCCUCCAGCAGACGCUUGUGUCGCAUCUGUCGACGCAGGAGGAGUAUAUCGAGCAGCUGGUCAUGGAUGCGUCUUCGACGACGACGAACAUCGGGCAGGGGAAUAAGGAGCUGAAGCGCGCGACGCAGCGGCGGAGUACGGCGCAGGCGGUGUUUUGGGGGACGGUGGGACUGUGUACCUGGCUUGUAGUGUGGGAUUUGAUUUUUUAA